AUGUUUCCUUGUUUUUUUUAUUUCUGUGGAAUUUUCUUCAUCGAGCUUUCUUGUUUCAGUUGUGAUUGUCUCCCGGAUCCACUAGUAGAAUCAUCAUUUUCCUACCUGUGCCGAUGGUCUUCUCUACCGGCCGGUUUUCAUUUUUCGAAUUCUUCUUUGAUGCGAUCUAUUCAAAUCGUCUGUGAAGACAGUUUUACGCUACCCGAUGGUCUUUUUGGUGCUGUUGGAGGCUUGCAACAUCUGUCCAUUGAGGCAUGUCGAUCAGAGGAACUUUCCGCAGCUCUUUUGUCACCAUUGACAAAUUUGCGGUCAUUACAUCUCCACGAGAUGGCCCUGAUAGACAAGACGUUCUCGAUAUCAGACGUGGCGCUAGAGCCUUUGAAACGGCUCGAGAAACUAAGCAUUACUAAUUCACGCCUUCUUCACCUACCGGAGAGGCUGCUCUGUAAUCUUAAAAACCUUCAGGUUCGUUAUUUUCAGGUUAACUUUCACUUAAAUAGGAUUCCCUUUGAUUUCCCAAAUUACUUGCAACUUGUUAUCGCUGACAGCUGA